UCUAAAACUCUGAAGGGAAAUCAGUCCCUGGCAACACACCAUUUCCACGCUUUUACCGUAACCAGGAUAUACGGGCACCGCGCGUAUAUCCUAUGGAUUACUAUAUUUUCCGAAGACAGGGCUGGUUUAACUGCAGUCAGAAACUGGAGUUUCCCAGCCAGGAGGAACAUUGAAUCAUUAUGUGUUUCCUUGGUCUGUUGAGCCCCUGUCAAAAAUAAGUGAGGACGUCUAUAAGUAUCGUUUUCACUGAUGUAUUGCUGAAACUGUUACUUAAAAAGUAUCUACACCUUUAUGAAACGUUGCGGUUUUCGCUUCCCGUUUCCAAGCCGCAACCGAUAUGCCUCGGUCAAUGCUGAACAAACGAAACUACCAUAGGGUUUUUUUUCUGAGUCUAUUUUAUUUUCAUAACGUAGGGAAAAGGUCCUUAUCAAUCCAUAGGCUAAAAUUAUGACACUUGUCAUUAGUCUUUAAACAUAGUUUCUUAAUGCGGGGAUUGCAUCGCAGUGGCAACGUGACACUCCUCUUCAGAUUGGUGUCACAUGAUUACGAAACGGGUUCAAAGCAGAUACGAGUGUGGGUACUGUUUGGCCAGAGCGGGGUUCAUUACGAAACUACUGGGUGUUUACUGUGCAGCGCUGCAGGGGAUCAUGAUGGAGAAAGUAGUUGUGAUCCCGAUGUUUCUCCUACUUUCAUCAUUAACAGGUGUGUUUCCCGGGAGUCCCACAGAUAUAUAUGUGAAGGCUGAGGAGAUGGUGGAGCUGUACUGUCCACUGAAUGGAGAGGAUAAUCAGCGUGAUGCUGAACUUAUCUGGACCACUCACACCAGCCAGGAGAUGGAUCUGACCCACAACAUGUCGUCAGCUGAGCAGAAGCGCAGGGACCUGCUUGUUCACGGGAGGAGCCUAGUGAUAUUCAAAGCCACUGCAAAACAUCAGGGGAUUUACUCAUGCUCUCGGGGCAACUCCAGCAGCCAGCUCUGGUUCAGGGUGACAGUUAACACAAAACAGAGAAACGAAAGCACCCACCCUCAAACAUGUCAUACAAGGGAGUCCUGCACAUUGAUUUGCCCUAACACACCCGCUGAAAACAUCCUGAAUAUCACCAGCAACAGCAUUUGUCAGAAGGAAGGCGAGACAAAAGACUGUUACUUCACAAGUGUUGAAGAGAAGGACCAUGGUGUCUACACCUGUACCAGAUCUUAUCUGUAUUAUGGUCAAAUAUAUAACAUGACCUUUACAGUGUUGCUUGAUAUCCAACCAAAGGAAAAACCUGAAAAAUAUCCAGUGAUCAUAUCACCACACAACAGUGAUGUAUUUCCUGUAUAUUUGGGCUCUACGGUGGUGAUUGAUUGUAAAGCUGUCAUGUAUAGUGACGAUGAUAUGAUGUUCUGGUUGAGCAGUGAUUCCUUUCUAGAAACCAACAGCAGCUUUCCCGUUUACUACAAUUACACAAAUGAAAUAAAUGCCGACAAGAUACAGAUGACGGCAGCUCUAGUUUUCAAAGAAGUGUCAGAAGAGGAUCUAUUACAAAAUUACACCUGUAAACUGCAAACUGUUACUGGACGCUCAAGCUUUGUCACCAUCGCCUUGGCCCAGAAACCUCGCCUUUCCUAUGUUCCCCUGGCUGUUGGCAUUGUCAGCAUUGUGUUGGUGACGGUUUUGACAAUAAUUAUCUAUGUGAGGUUCCAAAUUCCCAUCACUCUUUUCUUAAGAGACACUGUUGGGUGUCAUAGCAGCACUUCAGAUGAAAAGAGCUAUGAUGCUUUUCUGAUGUGUUACAAGAGUGACACAGACACAGGACUGAAUGAAUAUGACAGGAAGUGUCUGGAGAGUGUUUUGGAAGAGAGGUUUGGUUACAGUCUCUGUCUUUAUGAUCGCGAUGUCUUACCAGGAGAAGCUGUAUCCGAGGCCGUGUUGGACUGUAUACAGCAGAGUCGCACGGUGCUUUUGGUUCCCACCUCUCCAGAGACCGGUCCAGGUUCUGGCCUGCUGAGUGCCAUCCAUGCAGCCCUGGUGGAGCGGCAGGCCCGUUUGGUGUUCAUCAAAACUGAAAAAACAGAAGGGUUGAGAUCUGGUUCCUUACCCCACGCCCUACAGCUUUUAAGUGAAGCUGGGGCCUGUGUCACCUGGAAGGGGAUGAGGUCCAUGCAGCCCUCCUCCCCUUUCUGGAAGCAUCUACGUUAUCACCUACCUGCCCCGCAGCAUGCACCAAAAAUAAGGCUUUUACCUCAGACAAGUCAAGAUGUUACGGUAUGGUCAAAUGUUUAGCCAAAUCAGAAUACAUAUGUAUGACUUGAAAAUGAAAAUUGUAUGCUACAAAUGCAGUAUAGUGAGUAGUAUACGAACACAUUUUAGGCAAACUGAAGAUCCUUAAAAAGCAUUUUUGACAUUUACCUUUAUUGUCUUUAUAUUUCCUUGUAACACCCCCUAUUGUUGACUUUUUCCCCAAAGACAUUUAAUGUCAUUAUAAGUUAUGUAAAAUGCUUCUUGUUACCAGCCUAUAGACUUCUAGUUCUAUAACUUCAUUAGUGAAUACCCUAAUAACCGCUACGGAUUCAUGUGUACAGUUGUUGGCUCAAUCAUUUGUAAACACAUUUCAAAAGAUGCAUGAGAGAGAUGGAUCAAGAGAGGAAAGUGGCCCACAGAGACGCUGUGCUGGAGAGAAUAUAUGCAAAGAAGCCGGAAAUAAAAUGAACUGGUAAACUCGCUGGAGAAAGCUACAGUCACAGAAUCAGCACUUUUGUAACGGCUGAAAUAGAGGGGUAUGAGGCAUGCUACAAUGAGUGAUCUGUUUGGUAUUUUGAGCAACACGCUUCAGAGACAUGUUUUGUAUAGAUAUGGCCCUAUAUUAUAUUGUUCAAAUAUAACAUAAUAUGGGACUUUUAAGUAUUUUUGUUACAGUUGAUGUUUUGCUUUC